AUGCAGAGCGCAAUGGGCGUACCGAUGGGGGCCAUGGGGGGCAUGGGGCCGUCAAUGCAAGCGCACCAGUUCCUCUCGUCCUUCCAUGCUGCAGGUCCGGCAGCAGUGCCACCCGAUGCUCAGCUAGAGGCCCUGUGGAACGAGGCUCGGCACGUCCAAGCCAUGCCGCCAGGCAUGGCAGCAGGCAUGGCGCCGCCGGACGCAGCAGCGGCGGCGCAUUUCCGGGAGUUUGAGCAGAUCUUUGGCGGCAUGUCGCUGGAUGGUGGCGCUGCUGCUGCUGCCAGUGGCGAUGCUACCAUGCAGCCGCCUGCAAUCCCCGGGUUGCCCCCCCAGCAGCAGCAGGCAGUGCGCGCACUGCUACACUCCUUCCUCUCCUCCACACAAGCGGGCGUGCCCCUCCCCGCGCACCCCCACGCGCCCCUGCCCCCCCUCGCGCACCUCCCCCCUGCGGACCGAGCGCGCAUCCGCAACCGCUCCUCCAUCCUGGCGCGCCACGUGUUUGCCCACCAGGGGGGGGCGGGCGCGCAGGGGGAGGGCUUUGCCUCCGCGCAGGUGGCCGCGUUGCUGCGCUCCCUGGGCAUAGAGGACCUGGGGGAGGGCGCAGGGGGGCCGGGGGGCGCGGAGGGCGCGCUCAUGGGCGCGCCUGGCCCGCUGGGGGGCAGGUUCCGCGAGUUUGAGGACUUUUGGAAGGAUGCUGGGGAGGUGGCGGGUGGUGGGGGGAUGGUGGCGGGUGUGGGCGGAGGGGGGGGCGCAGGGGGGUGGGUGGGGGAGUUUGAAGCGCAGCAGCAGCAGAGGUGGCAGGAGGGCGGGGGGGAGAGCAGCAGCACAGGGUGGGCGGACGAGUUUGCUGAGGACUGGCAGCAGCAGCAGCGCGUGCGAGAGGAGGCGAGGGCGGGGGGACCGCGAAGUGAAGCAGAGAGGGUGGCAGCGAGGCAGCAGACACAGCGCAUUGUUGACACACUCGCCCAGGACCCCAACCCCAAGUUCCAGCAAUCCAAGUUCCUGCAGUUUGUGUCCAAGAUGAGUCGCGGGGAGCUGAUAGCGGAGGAGGGCGGAGUGAGGGAGGUGUCGCCUGCAGAGGCAGCAGCAGCUGCAGCGACAGAGCAGUGGGCGAGCGAGUUUGAGAACCUGCACCAGCACGAGCACGUUCACUCCCAUGCCAUUAAGGCGGAUGCUGACUGGGCCACUGAGUUCGCUGCCCGGAACGAGUCAUCAACAUCGCUGGAUUCGAGGGACUGGACGGACGAGUUUGCGCAGCAGAUGGCGCAUGCACACCCGCACGGGCACACGCACGCGGAGGGCGAGGGCGUGGUGGAGGACGGUGACCCCAGCGCAUGGCUUGAGUCGUACGAGCGCUACGUGGAGGAGCAGUUGCGCGAUGAGCAGCAGAGGAGGGCGGAGUCAUCCUCAUCCCGCUGGCCCUACGCCUUUGCCGACAAGAACCCCUAUGUGGGCCACCCCCAGCCCUUCCAGCAGGGGCAGGACCUCUUCCGCCGAGGGCUACUGAGCGAGGCGAUACUGGCGUUGGAAGCCGAGGUGCUGCGCAGCGAGGGCAACUCCCAUUCAAGUCUGCUCCCUCUGCUCUACAUUCCUGUGUGCAUGUCAUGUGCCCUAUGCUCCCCCCACCCCCCCAUCCCCAGGGGGCUACUGAGUGAGGCGAUUCUGGCGCUGGAGGCCGAGGUGCUGCGCAGCGAGGGCAACUCCCAUUCAUGUCUGCUCCCUCUGCUCUGCAUUCCUGCGAUACUGGCGCUGGAGGCGGAGGUGCUGCGCAACGAGAGCAACUCCGAGGCCUGGCGCCUGCUGGGCGUCUCCCAUGCUGAGAACGACGACGACAGACAGGCCAUAGCAGCCAUGACACGUGCUCGAGACGCGGACCCCACCAACCUGGAUGUGCUGCUCGCUCUGGGCGUCAGCCACACCAACGAGCUGGAGCAGGCGGAGGCGCUGUACCACCUGCGCAGCUGGCUGCAGAACCACUCCAAGUACAAGACACUCGUGCCGCCCUCCGGCCCGGCCUCCAUGUCCCACUCCGACGUGGUGCAGCUGUACACGGAGGCAGCUCGCAUGGCGCCAGAGGAUGCCGACCUGCAGGUGGUGCUGGGAGUGCUGUUCAACCUCUCCCACGAGUACGACCGCGCCAAGUCAGCCUUCCGCCGGGCCCUUGCGCUGCGCCCGUCCGACUACUCGCUCUGGAACAAGCUGGGCGCCACACAGGCCAACAGCGCCCAGUCCGCUGAAGCGAUCGAGGCGUAUCAGAAGGCAUGCAUGCAACGGACAGUCCUGUUUGAAUUCUUGCAUGCUGAUGCACACACGUUGCAGAUUCGUGCAUCUGCUUGA